UUCGCUGUCCCUGACCACCCCCCCUGACCCCGCGCUCCGCAAAUCAAGAAUCGCACAGAUCGAUACCGACACCUCCCGAAGAAAUCUCUACCCCCUUCGCUUCUCCCGACCUGUUCUUCGAUCUCGGAGGAAUCGUGGGUCGCGGCCGGAUUCCGACGAUCGUUGAGAAAAGUGCGGGCUUUUGGAGGACCAUGGGCAAGUACGGGUACUUGAAGAUGAGGACGGAUGGGGGAGGAGCGAGCGGUCAGAUCGGCUCCGAUCUGCAGGAGCUCGGCGCCGCCGCGAGGAAGCUGGUGAACCACGCGAUCAGGCUGGGGAGCCUGGGGUUCGGGACCACGUUUCUUGAAUGGGUGGCUUCGUUUGCCGCGAUUUAUUUGUUGGUCCUGGAUCGAACAAAUUGGAGAACGAAUAUUCUCACGGCAUUGUUGAUCCCAUACAUAUUCUUUAGUCUUCCUUCAUUGGUGUUCAACGUGUUCAGGGGAGAUGUAGGAAAGUGGAUUGCCUUUGUUGCUAUUAUACUGCGACUGUUUUUUCCUCGGCAUUUCCCAGACUGGCUGGAAAUGCCAGCUGCUCUGAUUCUAUUGAUAGUGGUGGCUCCAAGCUUAUUUGCAAGCACCCUCAGAGGAAGCUCGAUUGGAGUGUUGAUAUGUCUUCUUAUCGCAUGUUAUCUUCUACAAGAGCACAUCCGAGCAGCUGGUGGCUUUAGAAACUCGUUUACACAGCCGCACGGCAUUUCAAACACCAUCGGAAUACUCGUCUUGCUGGUUUUCCCUGUGUGGGGGUUGGUAGUUUAUUUUCUAUAGCCAGUUUCAGAUGGCCGGUAUUGUUUUGUCAGUGUGAAUCCAUAUUGCUUCUUUCAUUGUUUGUGAAGAUAUUGAUUCAUGCA